UAUUUCCUUUUCCUAUUUGCCAAGAUGGCUGACAAUCAAGAGCAGUUUUUACGGCUCUUGAAUACACUUUUGAGUACUGACAAUGCCGUUCGAACUCAAGCAGAGGAAGCGUACAACAAUUUGCCGAUCGAGUCAAAAGUGACAUUUCUCCUCAGUUCUAUACGUAACGGCAAUGUCAAUGAGGAAGGACGACAGUUGGCGGCAGUUCUGCUACGCAGACUGUUUUCAACUGAUUUUACCGAGUUUUAUACACAGCUCCCGCCCGAGGCGCAGAAGUCCCUGCGCGAGGAGGUGCUGCUGGCGGUGCAGCUGGAGCGGAGCGACGCGAUACGCCGCAAGGUGUGCGAGGUGGCGGCGGAGGUGGCCCGCAACCUGCUCGACGAGGACGGCAACAACCAGUGGCCCGAGUUCCUGCAGUUCAUCUUCCAGUGCGCCAACUCGCCGGAGGCCCGCCUGAAGGAGAGCGCCCUGCGCAUGUUCGGGGCCCUGCCAGGCAUGUUCGGCAACCAGCAGGCGGCGUACCUGGACCUCAUCAAGCAGAUGCUGCAGCAGGCUCUACUGGACACCACCAGCUACGAGGUGCGGUUCCAGGCCGUGAAGGCGGUGAGCGCGUUCGUGAUGCUGCACGAGAAGGAGACGCCCAUCCUGAGGCACUUGUCGGACCUCCUGCCCGGCGUGCUGCAGGUUAUUGGAGAGAGUGUGUUUGAAAAACAAAGUGAUGACGCCCUCCUUAAGUGUCUCAUAGAAAUGAGUGAUACAACACCAAAAUUCCUCCGGCCACAGCUUGCUGUGGUUAUUGAGAUGUGCAUGAAGGUGGUGGGCAACGAGGAAAUGCUGGACUCGUGGCGCCAGCUGGGGCUGGAGGUGAUCGUGACGCUGGCCGAGACGGCGCCCGCCAUGGUCCGCAAGGUGGGCGCGAAGCACAUCGCCGACCUGGUGCCCCACGUGCUCAAGAUGAUGACGGACAUCGAGGACGACCCGGACUGGAGCGUCAGCGACGAGCUGGUGGACGACGACAAUGACAGCAAUGCGGUGGUGGCGGAGUCUGCCCUGGAUCGGCUGGCUUGCGGUCUCGGCGGCAAGACCAUGAUACCCCACAUCGAGCGCAACAUCCCUGCCAUGCUGGGCAGCACCGACUGGAAGAUGAGGCACGCGGCUCUGAUGGCCUUGUCGGCCGUGGGCGAAGGCUGCCACAAGCAGAUGGAGUCCAUGCUGCCCCAGAUCAUGGAGGGCGUGCUCAACUUCCUCCAGGACCAACACCCGCGUGUCAGGUACGCUGCGUGCAAUGCGAUUGGCCAGAUGUCGACGGACUUCGCGCCCUUGUUCGAGAAGAAGUUCCACGCGAAGGUGGUGCCCGGCCUGCUUAUGCUGCUGGACGACAACGAAAACCCCAGAGUCCAGGCGCAUGCAGGCGCGGCCUUGGUGAACUUCAGCGAGGACUGCCCCAAGAGCAUCCUGACGCAGUAUCUUAACAAUAUAAUGGCUAAGCUGGAGGCAGUUCUCUCAGCCAAGUUCAAGGAGCUCGUGGAGAAGGGGACCAAGCUGGUGCUGGAGCAGGUGGUGACCACCAUCGCCUCGGUCGCCGACACCUCGGAGGAGCAGUUCGUGGCGUACUACGACCGCCUCAUGCCCUGCCUCAAGUACAUCAUCAUGAACGCCAACACGGACGACCUGAAGCUGCUGCGCGGCAAGGCCAUCGAGUGCGUCAGCCUCAUCGGGCUGGCCGUCGGCGCGGAGAAGUUCAUGAGCGACGCCAGCGACGUCAUGGACAUGCUGCUGAAGACGCAGAUGGAGGGCGGGGAGCCGCAGGACGACGACCCGCAGACCUCGUACCUGAUCUCGGCGUGGGCGCGCAUGUGCCGCAUCCUCGGCAAGGGCUUCCAGCAGUACCUGCCGCUGGUGAUGGGGCCCGUGAUGCGCGCCGCCUCCAUGAAGCCCGAGGUGGCGCUGCUCGACAAUGACGACAUGCAGGACGUGGACGGGGGCCAGGACUGGCAGUUCGUGUCGCUCGGCGAGCAGCAGAACUUCGGCAUCAAGACCUCGGGGCUGGAGGACAAGGCGUCGGCCUGCGACAUGCUGGUGUGCUACGCCCGCGAGCUGAAGGAGGGCUUCGUGGACUACGCCGAGUCCGUGGUGAGGCUGAUGGUGCCCAUGCUCAAGUUCUACUUCCACGACGGCGUGCGCUCCGCGGCCGCCGAGAGCUUGCCGCACCUGCUCGAGUGCGCCAAGAUCAAGGGUCCGGAGUACGUGAAGGGCAUGUGGGACUACAUUUACCCAGAGCUUCUGAAAGCCAUCGACACGGAACCAGAGAACGAGGUGCUGGCGGAUGACAUGUCCUCUUUGGCCAAGUGCAUCGAGACGCUGGGGGCGGGCUGCCUGCCCGACGCGGCCAUGGCGGAGGUGGUGACGCUGGUGGACAAGCUGAUGACGGACCACUUCGCCAAGGCGGCGGCGCGCCAGGAGAAGCGCAAGGACGAGGACUACGACGAGGUGGUGGAGGAGCAGCUGGAGGACGAGGACGGCGAGGCUGUGUUCGUGCUGAGCAAGGUGGCGGACGUGGUGCACGCGCUCUUCACCGCCUACAGGGCCGACUUCUUCCCCUUCUUCGACCGCGUCCUGCCGCACUUCGUCAAGUGCCUGGCCCCGGAAAUGCCCUGGUCGGACCACCAGUGGGGGUUGUGCAUUUUUGACGACACGAUCGAGUACGGGGGCCCGGCGUGCGUCAAGUACCAGCAGUACUUCGUGGGGCCCCUCAUGACGUACACCGCGGACAGCCUGUCCCAGGUGCGGCAGGCGGCGGUGUACGGCUGGGGCGUCCUGGCACAGUUCGGGGGCGAGUCGUUCGCAGAGACGUGUGCCCAAGCCGUCCCUCUGCUGGUGAAGGUCAUCACGGACCCGGAGUCGCGGGCGGACGAGAACAUAAACCCCACGGAGAACGCCAUCUCCGCCAUCACCAAGAUACUCAAGUACAACAACUCGCGGGUGAACGUGGCCGAGCUGUUGCCACACUGGUUGUCGUGGCUGCCCGUGUGGGAGGACACGGACGAGGCGCCCCACAUCUACGGCUACUUGUGCGACCUGAUCGAGGCCAACCACCCGCUGGUCCUGGGCGCGAACCACGAGAACCUGCCCCGCAUACUGUUCAUCAUCGCGGAGGCGUUCGCGCAGGACGCCAUCAGCCCGGAGCACCCCCAGGCCAAGCGCAUGGUGGCCGUCGUGAGGCAGAUACAGGGCAGCGGAGAAGUGUUCCAGAUGUGUGUGGGCCAGCUGACGACAGAACAGCAGCAGGCCCUGCAAGAAGUCCUCAGCUCCAGCCAGUGAUAAACCUGCUUGCGCUCGCUUCUAUUGAUCUUCUAGAGAAAUGUUGUCUCUUCGUCGCAUCCGAUUGCACCGUGUGCAGACAAGUCCCAACAUGCAUGAACAAACGCCAUGCAGAGAGUUGCUUGGUCGCGAAUCAUUUGUUUUAGAGUGGGUGGCCACUUUCGGUCCUGUGUUCAUGCACGCGCGAGGGAGGAAGCCAAUUUUUUUGGGCAAACCGGAUAAUUUUUUUUUUUUUUUGCAGAAAUUUGGAUAUUCCCUGGUGGGAGCUUUGUGUAUUUAUUGACUUUUUCUCAUUUGCUUGCUACUAUUUUCCUUGUAAUUGUGUAAUCUGUGAUAGGAGUGUGUUUUUUACAUUAUAUAAUUUGACUGCACUAGUUUUCCAAUGCAAUUCAAGGCCUGUAGGCAUCUUAGUUAAAGUGAAUUUUUCAAUAAAAUUAUUAUGUAUUUAAUGUCUAAUUUUCUGAAUUAAUGUAUUUUUUGAAACACAAACCGUUCUGACUGGAAAAAGAACAUAAUUGUACAGUACAAUUUUUUUGUAAUGAUUUCCUCUGAUUUGACGACCUGUAUUUUAAGACGAAAAAUAUGAUGUGAUGCCAUCUUGGUUUUGUGUACGUACGCUAUGAAAUCUAAUGGUCAUAAGCACACAAACUUGUGUGCAUCAUUUUGUUUCAUUAGCAACGGACUGACUGAAAUACAGAUAUAUAUUUACUAUUCA